CUUUUUUGUUUGUUUCCGAGGCUGCUGCCUUAGUGUGCCUCAGUGUGGCUACGGGCCUGAUGUAAUACUUCAUUUAAUAGGUCAGAAUGCAGGCUAACAGUUCAGAAAAUAUGUUUUUCUUUGCGUGGAUGUUUACAACGCUGCUAUCAGUUUACAAGAUUAUUUGGGAAAUUUAUUUAUAUAUAUUAGCCAUUAUUGUUUUAUACAUUUUGUAUAAAGUUUUAGCGAAAAAGUAUAUUAACAGGAUAGAAAUUGUAGGCCAAGGUAUUCUAAUAACAGGAUGUGAUACAGGUUUAGGUCAUGAUACAGCCCUACGACUUGCAAAGACUGGAUUUACUGUGUUUGCCGGAUGUCUUAAGCCCGAAGGUGAGGGAGCAACUGCUCUCAGAGAGAAGGGAGGAGAGAGACUGCACGUCGUACCUUUAGAUGUAACAAGUGAUGAAAGUGUAAACCAGGCUGUGGAUAUCGUCAAAAGCCAGUAAAAUACCAGAUUCAG